AUGGAGUCGGGCAGAGAAGCCAGGCGACUCGAGGCAAGGGUACUGAACCUUGCAUGCGGAGCUUGCCGCUAUAAUGGAUUCGAGCUGAGAAGCCAGGUGACUCAAGGCGAGGGUACUGAACCUCGCAUGUGGAUAUCAAAGGAAGAGUACCACGCGGGCCCACCCUAUUCGUUUUGUUUGCUUCUGCCUACUAUCGUUACCCUCGUCUUCACUGAAGAGGAAACCCCCAACAAGAAAACAUGUAUUGAUUGGAAGCUUGAGAGUUUACGGUGGUUACUCGCCGGUGUUCAUCAUCUGUUUCAAUUAUCGGAGCAUCCAUCUCUGCCAGUGACGUUGGAAAUCCGAUGGUGUCAGUUGCCGAUUGUUAGGUCUGCUGUUGCAGGGUGGUCGUCGUUGAGCGUAUGCGGCGGUAUCAGGUUCCGAUUCAACAAUGGUGGAUAUGUGCGCUGGAGACGACCGAUGAUGAUCGGGGCUGCACUUUUCCUCUGUUGCUGCUUUGUUGCAGUGCGGCGGCAACAGCAGCAGCUAAUCGUAUCCUCCGAGCUUUGGAACCCUAGAGUAACAAAAUCAUCAUCAGAUUCCAUGGCGCCUAAGAAAGAGAAAGCCCCUCCACCGUCAUCUAAGCCCGCCAAGUCCGGCGGCGGAAAGCAGAAAAAGAAGAAGUGGAGCAAAGGAAAGCAAAAGGAGAAGGUGAACAACAUGGUUCUAUUCGACAAGGCCACAUAUGACAAGCUUCUUACCGAAGCACCAAAGUUCAAACUCAUCACUCCUUCAAUUUUAUCAGACAGAUUAAGGAUUAAUGGAUCAUUGGCACGCAAGGCAAUCAAGGAUUUGAUGGCAAGAGGCGCCAUCAGGAUGGUAUCUGCUCAUGCUAGCCAGCAGAUCUACACCAGGGCCACCAAUACUUGAGAGAUAUCUGCAACUCUUAAGACUUAAGGCAUGAUUUUCUUAUUUCUGCUUCUUAUUUUUGUCAUCUGUAACAUUUAGGAGCUCUGUUUUUUACUCUUUGCAAUACUUUUGUUUUUAUUUUUGUCAUCUGUUACUAUGCUAUAUUCAGAUUAAAUUUUGCUUUUUCUUCUUUUUCAAAUGCCCAAUGUUUCUUGUUUCUGUUGCAUUUAUGUUGUUUGUUGAUAGUUUUUUCUUGGGUUUCUUGUUUCAUAGCCAUAAAGGCUAAAUUAAAAACAGUUGCAAUGUGGUG